AUGAAUAAUAUUAAGCAGUUGCCCUCCGUCAGAUGCAAAAAGCAGUUUCUUGUGGAACACGCAGAAAGGCGAUCCUUAAAACUCUGGCAGACACCACUGAAAACCUCAUAUUAUUUUUUACUCGAGUGUUUUUAUCAAUUCGUUUCCCUCCUCCGAAGCAUUCUGAGAUAUAAAUUCGCUACAUGUCUUUCGGUGCUAACAUUUAUUGUGUUAUAUUCUCUACGAAGCACGAAUGGGCCUCAUCGAGAAGUACAUAAGCUAGGGUUUAUUCAUGUGGAAAAAAGAACCAUUUGGUAUUGCUGGUGGAUUCUUUUGGGAUUUUUGUCUUCUUGUGGCUUCGGCUCGGGGCUGCACACAUUUGUAUUAUAUCUUGGUCCUUUUAUCGCUCAAGUAACAUUAAGCGCCUACGUAUGCCAAUCUCUUGAUUUCCCGGAACCUCCCUAUCCUGACGAACUCAUAUGUCCAGAAAUGAGCAGCACCCGCGGGGGUGUUUCUUUCUUUAAAAUUGUUCGCAAAACCGAAUUGGAGUCUGUACUCUGGGGUCUCGGCACAGCAAUAGGCGAGCUACCUCCUUACUUUAUGGCGCGUGGUUCUAGACUUUCAGGAAGCAUGAACGCCGAUGAAAUUGAACUUUCUCUUAACAAUACAUCGUCUUCUUCUGAAGUAGAAACAGACUCACUCCUGCCACAAAUACCUGAAAAAAAGCCGUCCCGUUUUCAGCGCAUUGAGGUUUUUCUUCAAAGACUAGUCACCCGUGCUGGUUUCAUUGGCAUUUUACUAUGCGCCUCAGUACCAAAUCCAUUUUUUGAUCUGGCGGGAAUGACCUGCGGUCACUUUCUGAUACCCUUUUCGACCUUCUUCGGUGCCACCUGCAUCGGCAAGGCGCUCAUUAAAGCGCACAUUCAACAGUUCGCUGUGAUCGCUGUGAGUUCAGAAGAUCAUAUCGACCUCCUCGUAGGGUAUAUUGGGAAACUCCCCUUGGUAGGAAAGAGACUGCAACAGCCCUUCAUGGAGUACCUUGAACAACAGAAGGACAGGCGCCAACAGAAGGGAGCUGCACCGAGGGAGGGUUGGGUCCAGUUUGCAAUCAGUUUGAUAGUCACUGCAGCGAUGAUUGCUUUCAUUGUCUCGAUAAUCAAUGCAAUGGCACAGAGUUACCACCGACGAAUAUGCAAACAACAAGCCAGUCAAGAAAAGACGAAAUCGGUCUCAAAAAACUCACCCACCUGGACGAAAAAGAACGGGAGGGCGUUGGAGGAAAAUUGGACUCUCAAUGCUGUCCUGGUGAUACUACCUGCGGUAGCGGGUGUCAGAUUCCACUACCUCUUUGUCUGGAAGCGCGUGACAACUACAUUUUUUGGUGACCUCUCGGUUUCAACAGCUGAACCUUGUGAUCUACCUCGAUGCUACGUGGAGCCACGUUUCUACGCCAGAUGCGUUGGUGUGUGUAUGUGUGAACGUGUGGGUGUAUGA